GCUUAUCUGUAAUACCACAACAGCAAUUCAAAUCCAGUGUUCCAUCUGACAGUUCGGGAAUAGAGCACGCAAAAGAAGGAUUUACGGUAGUAACUUCAACCAGUGAACUAAUAAUAAUAAAAAUUCAGUAAUAUUUAUGGUUCUGAAAAAUAACAAAAUUACACAACUCUCAAAAAGAAGUAGAUAAUAAUGAUAGAAAACUUUAAAUGUCCCGUGAAACGCUAUUGUUCUUACUAUCUGGCAUUCUAGAAACAGCACCAAAGAAGACGAAUUUAUUUAUAUCCAGUCAGUAAAAAAAAAACAUUUGUAAAAAAAAAGUCUUAAAUUUCUACGUGGAUGUGGAACUUUUUGGCGCGAAACAAACAAGUGGCGGCCAUGUUGGGGUUGCUUGGAGCGGCCGCUUUGGUGGUUAUAUUUUUGGCCACCAGGGGUCGCGGUCAUGUAAUCGUUGAGCAGUUUUUGGUUGAAACUGAGGAUGUCAGCGAAGAUCCGUACAUUUUUUCUGCACACAGCCUACCAUCAGAUGAUCGAUUCAUGCCUUCAAUCGGAAAUGGUCACUUAGCUACCAACGUCUUCAGCGAUACGGUCUACAUGAAUGGUCUGUACAACGGUCGUAAGGGCGAGAGCAGACGAGCUAGAAUACCAGCCUGGGCAAACAUACGUCUCAAUUCCACCCUAACUAACCAUCCUUACAGUCCAGUUUACAGUCUAGACACAAAACACGGGGUCUUCCAAGUGACCGUUGAUAGAGACAGAUCAGUCGUAACACAGAGAAUCUUCGCUCAUAGAUACUAUACUAGGUCUAUUGUGAACCAAAUAAAAGUUGAACCAAAGACUCAUGCAGAUCCAAACUUUGUCCAUCACGAAAUCUGGAUAGCAAUCAAGCAAAUGCCAGGACCCGAAAGCAAGGAUAUCUCCUUCGGGUCCCCAACUCCAGAAAUUAUCAACGAAAUGUUGGUAUGGAAAGCCUGUGGGAAGACAAAGGAAGUAGAAGACCCUGCGUUCCAGGGCAUGCUGGAGGACGUUUGCGCUUAUUGGUCGUCCGUGCCUGACCAUCUUGUGGUGCCGCAUUCUAGGAGUAAAGUUAUUACGUUUUUCAUGACUGUUGAUAAAAACGAAUCUGUAGCGAGACAAGAGUUUAUCAAAAUAUUGCAGGAGGAUGGUGAGGAGUUGUUCGAGAAGCACGUAGAGCAGUGGGGGAGGCUGUACAAGCAGGGUGGAUUGGAAAUAGAAGGGAAUUUGCAGUUGGCUAAAAUAGUCAACGGGAUUUGGUACUAUUUCUUGAGCUCGCUGCCAUCUGAGGAGUCUCACUUUCCGCUAGAUCGAUUCUUCGGUCUCAGUCCAACAGGAUUGGCUAGAGGUGGUACUUUUGACGACUAUGAAGGUCACAGCUUCUGGGACACAGAGAUGUGGAUGUUCCCUCCAAUAUUGGUGUUGUACCCGCAGUAUGCUCGACAACUGCUCCAGUAUCGUCUCGACAACGCGUACGUAGCUGCUGAACUAGCUAGAAUUACCGGAAGUAAAGGAUAUAGGUUUCCAUGGGAAAGUGCGUACACUGGUAGUGAAGUGACACAGCCUUGUUGUCCUGAUGUAGCGGAGUUUGAGCAACACAUUACCGCGUGCAUCGCGUUUGCAGCCAGGCAAUAUUUGUCCAUGACUAGAGAUGAAGACUGGUUGAAGCACGGAGGAUGUUCGAUAGUGACCAACAUCGCUGACUUCUGGGCUUCCCGCGCUGUUAUCAACUACUCGAGCGGCCUCUAUGAUAUAGCGAAUGUGAUGGGUCCAGAUGAAGAUCAUAGCAACGUGACCAAUUCAGUGUUUACUAACGUAGUUGCUGGAUAUUCUCUCUAUUUGGCUCAAUAUGUAGCUUGCCAGUGCAAGUCCUACUACAUGGCUAAAGAUCCAGACCACUGGGCAGACAUCGCCUGGAGUCUGACUCUACCAUAUGAUGAGACACUAGAUUACCACCCUCAAUUCCAAGGGUAUAGAAGGGGGGAGGGGAUUAAACAGGCUGAUGCUGUGUUAUUGGGCUUUCCACUGCAGUACCCUAUGAACAUUUCCACACGAAUAAACGACCUCACAUACUAUGAGUCAGUGACUCGUGGAAACGGACCUGCCAUGACAUGGAGUAUGCACACAAUUGGUCAGCUGCAGAUACAGGACAAUCUACGAGCAGCAACGCUCUUCAAUAAAAGCUACGAGGGUUAUGUCCGAGAGCCAUUCAAGGUCUGGACAGAACUCCGUCGUCCAAAAGUGGGUGCUGUGAACUUCCACACCGGCAUGGGUGGUUUCCUGCAAACGCUCAUGUUUGGAUACGCGGGGAUCCGAAUACAUCUAAAUCGACUUGAGAUAACACAGCCUCAACUACCUCCCGAAGCUACCAAGUUCAGGAUUAAGGGUAUAAAGUACUUAGGCUCAAACCUGACGCUAGACAUUCGUGUUCUGCAAACAACACUGACAGUCAUAUCUGUGGACGACGACUGGCCCCUUCUCAUGUACAAUGGGAAGUACAAUGUUACCUUAGUGCCAGGGAUGAUUGUAACGCUGAAAGGCACCGGACCGUUCACGAUACGCACAGUGCCGUGGAAGGACUGCAAGCUGCCCGUCGACACCAUCGGACAGAACUAUCUCAGGCCCAUAGGAUUAUAAUGUGCCAUGUAAUAUAACUAUACAAACAACACAGGUUAAUAAAAAUAUACCAGAAAGCUCAGCCUGUAGUUGUAAACAUUAAAACUAGUAACUUUUGUUCCUUUUUUUUAACUUAAUAGUUUAGAAAUAUUAAAUAUUGUACAUAGAUACUCUACCUAUUUACUACUCUGUAAUAUCACAUCGGUAACAGCGCGCGAACCACGCGACUUAGUCGAAUCUCAUUUAUUUGGUUUCACAGUGUAAUGACACUUUACAGAA